AUGCAUCUCCUCCAGGCCGUGCUCGCCGCGACAGCCUCUGCUGUACUAUCAGGGGCCACAUCACCGCCGGCUACAUCACCGUCGCUGGCUGCGUUCAGCUACAACCGCACCGGCUUCUUCCUCCAUGGCAAACCUUUUGUCAUUAUUGGUGGACAAAUGGAUCCCCAGAGGAUACCGUACGACUUUUGGCCGCAGAGAAUAGUUGCCGCUAAGGCAAUGGGCAUCAACACCAUCUUCAGCCACGUCUUCUGGAACGAGAUGGAGCCGGAGAAGGGCAAAUGGAAGGGCAAGGAGCCAGCCAACAACGUGAAUGACUUUGUAAGCAUUGCUAAGAAAGAAGGCAUGUAUGUGGUUCUCCGUCCGGGACCAUAUGUCGGCGCCGAGCGAGAUUGGGGUGGUUUGCCUUACUGGCUCUCACGAAUUCACGGCCUCAAAGUACGAAGGUACAACGAACCAUUCCUCCACGCCACCAAGAAGUACUUCGCCCGCCUCGCCAGGGACCUUGCCCGUUUCCAAGUCACAAGGGGGGGCAACAUCAUCAUGGUGCAACUUGAGAACGGCGACAGUUCGUACAGGGGAGACAUGCAGUACAAACAAGCCCUGCGCAACAUCACCGCCUCCCUCUUCGACGUGCCCCUGUACACAGCCGACAGCGGAGAAAGCCUGCAGCCCGAGGACGGCAAGAUCCCCCACGCCCUAUCCGCGGCAUACGACGGACCGCAAGGAGCCCGCGUGCGAGACGAAGCCAUCGCGGACACGCCGUCUCCGGGGCCCCUUCUCGACGGGGACGCAUAUAUCUCGAAACCGCUCCAAUACGGCUCAGCAGCACAUCACCACGAGACUCAAGACGAACCCGGUCUCGUGAAAAGCUACCUCGGCAACGUCCACAAGGCCCUGUCGGCCAACAAGUCCCUCAACCUAUACAUGCUCCACGGCGGCACAAAUUUCGGGCUCAGCGCUGGCUCCCUCUCCACGGGCAACAGGACUAUGCCCUGGACAAACAGCCACUACGCCGGCUCUCCCCUUGACGAAGCAGGCCGAACCACACCUCUCUACCACCUCCUCCGAAGCGAAAUCCUCAAACACGUCCCGGAUGCGAGCGGCAUCCCCGACCCUCCCGAGAACGAGCCGCUCAUGGCAACCGAGGCCUUCCACCUGAAGCCAUACGGAUCCAUCCUAGACACCGUCGCGCACACCAAGACCCGCCAGACACCCGAAUACAUGGAGAACCUGAAGCAGUCGCAAGGCCUCAUCCUCUACGAGCACAGAGUGCAGAAACCAGCCCGCGGCACCCUCCGAGCGGGCGACCGCCCCCGCGACAGAAUCAUUGUCUACGUCAACAACCGGCGCAAAGGCACCAUCGACAGCUUCUACACGCGCCCGGCCGCCGUGGACCUCUCCCUUAACAAAGGCGACCUCCUCCAGCUGCUCGUCGAGAACGCCGGCCGCGCGAGCAGCAGCCGCGUCGACGACCCGUUCAAGGGCAUCAACGGAACCGUGACGGUCGGCGACUCCGUCGUCGUCGGCUGGAAGAUCCGCCAGGUCCCGUGCAAGGAGCCGCCGCUCCUGAAAAGCCCGCUCGUGGGCAGCAUCCAAAAGGGCAUAAUGCCCGUCUACUACUCGGGCCGGUUCAAGGUGCCGGGCCUGGGCGAAGGCGAGCCCUUCUCCCUGAGGGACACGUACCUGACCAUUCGCGGCGGCACAAGGGGCAUCGUCUGGAUCAACGGCUUCAACUUGGGUCGGUACUGGAUUGUCGGGCCGCAGCAGUCGUUGUUCUUGCCCGGCGCGCUGCUCAAACCCGGCCGCGUCAAUAGGGUCACCGUCUUGGAGAUGAAGCCUUGGAAUGUGAGCCUGGUCGCGAGAGGGGAGACCGCGAUGAGGUGGGAGAACCAUCCUGACCGGGAUGCACCGCCGUGA